AUGGACGAGUACGGAGCCAAUGUCGAAUGGCAUCCUAGCUAUGGGGUUGAAAAAGCCAGAAUAAUCCGCUCGAUUCUUGAAAAAAUCUCAGCUGAGAAAUCUGAAGCUCUAAAUAUUGCCGAAUUCGGGUCAUAUGCUGGUUAUAUGACAGUUCUUCUUGGGUCAUCACUGCGGAAUAAUUCAAAGAUGUACUCUGUGGAGGAAGAUUCCGAGUAUUCCGACAUCUCCUCUGAAAUUUUCCGAACGGCUGGACUGUCCAACUGCCAAUUCUUGAACGACUCGGCAGAAUCAGCUGUUUCUACAAUCAGAGACCUUCAUGACGGACAACUCGAUUUAGUACUCCUUGAUGUUAAUACCGAGCAAUAUCUGCCGACUUUCAUUCAACUUCAGAAAACUGGUCUCAUCGGAAAAGGAACAACUGUUAUCGCCAACAAUGCCAUCGAGCCAGGCCUUCCGGAUUUUCUCAUUUACGUUCGAACUGCUCCAGAGCUUUUCUCCAGUACCCUUCAUCCCUGCAAAAAUGGAUACGAAGAUCUUCGCGAUGGACUCGAAGAAGUGAACAUUCUUUAG